AUGGCGAAUCCGGUGGGUUUUAGAUUCCGUCCGACUGACGGGGAGAUCGUCGACAUUUACCUCCGACCGAAAAAUCUCGAAAGUAACACGAGCCAUGUCGAUGAAGUCAUUAGCACAGUUGAUAUUUGUAGCUUCGACCCUUGGGACUUACCUUCCCAUUCUAGGAUGAAAACAAGAGAUCAGGUUUGGUAUUUCUUCGGCCGUAAGGAGAACAAAUAUGGUAAAGGUGAUCGACAGAUAAGAAAAACCAAGUCUGGUUUUUGGAAGAAAACUGGCGUUACCAUGGAUAUAAUGCGCAAAACGGGAGAUCGUGAGAAGAUCGGUGAGAAAAGGGUUUUGGUGUUUAAGAAUCACGGUGGUUCCAAGUCCGAUUGGGCUAUGCAUGAGUAUCACGCUACGUUCUCGUCUCCUAAUCAGAUAAUGACAUACACACUCUGCAAAGUUAAGUUUAAGGGUGAAAGGAGAGAAUUUUCAGUUGCUACUGGUAGUGGAAUUAAGCAUACUCACUCUUUAAUCCCUCCUACCAACAAUUCUGGAGUUUUGAGUGUAGAGACAGAGGGAUCGUUGUUUCACAGCCAAGAAUCACAGAAUCCAAGUCAGUUUUCUGGCUUUCUUGAUGUGGAUGCACUAGAUAGGGACUUCUGCAAUAUUUUGAGUGAUGAUUUCAAAGGCUUCUUUAAUGAUGACGAUGAGCAGAGUAAGAUUGUUUCUAUGCAAGAUGAUCGCAACAACCACACACCUCAAAAGCCAUUGACCGGUGUCUUCAGUGAUCAUAGCACCGAUGGUAGUGAUUCUGAUCCGAUUUCUGCAACAACUAUUUCCAUUCAAACUUUAAGCACUUGUCCUAGUUUUGGUAGCUCAAAUCCUCUAUACCAAAUCACUGACUUGCAGGAAUCUCCUAACUCAAUCAAGUUAGUGUCAUUAGCUCAAGAGGUGAGCAAAACACCGGGAACCGGUAUUGAUAAUGAUGCACAAGGGACUGAGAUUGGUGAGCAUAAAUUGGGUCAAGAGACGAUCAAGAACAAAAGAGCUGGUUUCUUUCACAGGAUGAUACAAAAAUUCGUCAAGAAAAUUCACCUAAGAACAUGAUAUCAAUUUUGUACUUUCCAAAAUCUGUAGUAGUAUGUAAUAUGUGUCUAUCUGGUUUUGUAACUUUUACACAUUGUAUGUGUGCCCUGAG